CGGUGGGAGGGAAACAGAUACUGACUCAUAAACUGGUUGUAAUUAAGAGGUAAAUUUACCAUAGCUGAAGUUGCAGCGCUGCGUUUGUAUAGACGGCUUAACGACCUUACUGAGAAAUGGCAUUGGUGUCAGAAUUUCUGGGUCAGCUCACACUUGGAGUGGGGAGAGAAGCUCGGUUCCCAACAGUGGUACCGGCUGUACAUUUUGACCCGGAGAAGGAUGCGAGCUGGAUCGAUACAGCCAUCAAAACCAAAGGUGUGGAUGAGGCCAUAAUCAUUGAUAUCCUAACACAGCGCACCUACAUCCAGAGGAGAGAGAUCGCAUUUGAGUAUGAGAGGAAAACAAAAAAGGACAUGAUUACUGCCCUGAAGGCAGCGUUGACAGGAUCUCUAGAAAAUCUUAUUCUUGGCCUAAUGAAGAACACAGUGCAAUUCGAUGCCUUUGAGCUCAGAGCUUCGAUGAAGGGUCUUGGUACUGAUGAGGAGAGUUUGAUCGAGAUCGUUUGCUCUCGUAGUAACGAGGAACUGCUGGAGAUUAAAAAAGUUUACAAGGAAUUGUUCAAGAAGGACUUGGAGAAAGACGUUGCUGGAGAUACUUCCGGUGAUUUUUGUAGGUUGCUGCUGUCUCUGGUUGAGGCUAAAAGAGAAGAACCUAGCAACAUCGUGGACCUUGAAAAGAUUGAUAGUGACGCCAGAGCCCUCUAUGAUGCAGGGGUGAAGAGAAAGGGAACGGACGUGGCCACUUGGAUAGCCAUUUUCUCCGAAAGGAGUGUACUACAUCUCCAGAAAGUGUUUGAGAGGUAUAACAGCUACAGCCCAUAUGACAUAAAGGAGAGCAUUCGAAAGGAGGUGAAAGGAGAUCUGGAGAAAUCCUUCCUUACACUGGUGGAGUGCUUUGAAAACAAGCAGCUUUACUUUGCUAGCAAACUCAACGAAGCCAUGAAGCCCAAAAGCGUCAAGGACAAGGUCGUGACUCGGAUCAUGGUCUCACGCUGUGAAGUGGAUCUCAUGAAGAUCCGCAUGGAGUUUAAAACACAUUUUGGAAAAUCACUCUACCAGACAAUCUCGGAGGUCACAAAGGGUGACUACCAGAGAGCACUGCUAAAUCUGUGUGGAGGAGAUGAUUAGCAAGAAAUGGUGGGAAACGUAACUCUUCCACUGUUGUCCACAGUGAGGACGAGGAACAUAUACUGUACUGUAUAGAGCAUCCAAAGUUUUCAUAAGCUCUAGUAGUAUUUUUUUAUAGUCUGAAUUUAAAUAAAUAUUUCCAUGAUGAAAUAUGUAUUUUGAUAGGGUGUUAUUUCUCACCCAUGCAUUUCUGUCAUUAAAACUGUACAAGCAAA